AUGGCUUCUAGUAGGAGCUCCUCCUCAUACAAUGGGUUCAGAAGGAUAGGUGAAAAGAGGGUUGAAAGAUGCAAAUGUGGAGAUGAAGUGAUAAUUCUUACUUCAUGGACAGAGCAAAACUAUGGAAGGAGAUUUGUUAAGUGUCCCAAUUAUAAGGAGCGCUGGGGAUGCAAUUACUUCAAUUGGUUUGAUGGACCGAUUGACAAUCAAAUCUCAGACGAGUUGAAGAAGCUGAAGGAUGAUAAUGGUGAUGUUAGAAGGAGGUUGAAGUGGCUGGAAAGUGUCAUGUAUAUACUUAUCAGUAUCAAUAUGUAUUUGAUUUGGAAAGUGUUGAAUGUCUAA